CCAGCGUCGGGAGCGCGCCCGCCUUCUGCGCUGACAAGUCUCGCCCAGGUGAGGUGCGGCUGUAACUGGUCGAAGGAGGAAGGCGCGAGCGAGUGAGUGAGGAAAGGGAUCCUAAUCCGGGCGGAAAGCUCCAUCAACAUCACUGCAUUGAAAGGAAGAAAAAUAGACUGUGGAACCCAAAGGAAACCUGUCUGGGAGGUUAAAAGUCUGAGAGAGAGAGAGAGAGAGAGAAAAAGAAAAAGAAAAAGAAAAAGAGUCGGAGUUCAGGUUAAAGAAAGAAAGUCUGUCCUAUCUUCUGUUCCUCUCUCUCUCUCUCUCUCUGCCGGUCCGGAGGGGGAAACCAUGGCGGAGCAGGAAAGCCUAGAGUUCGGGAAGGCAGACUUUGUCCUCCUGGACACCGUCAGCAUGUCAGAAUUCAUGGCAAACCUGAAACUGAGGUUUGAGAAGGGCAAAAUUUAUACUUACAUUGGUGAAGUGGUGGUUUCCAUUAACCCUUAUCGUCCUAUGAAUAUCUAUGGAAAGGACACCAUUGAACAAUACAAGGGGCGUGAACUAUAUGAGAGACCACCUCACCUAUUCGCAAUUGCAGAUGCAACAUACAAAGCCAUGAAGCGGAGGUCAAGGGACACCUGUAUUGUCAUAUCAGGGGAGAGUGGUGCUGGCAAAACAGAGGCUAGUAAAUACAUCAUGCAGUUCAUUGCGGCUAUUACGAAUCCCAGCCAACGUCAGGAGGUGGAAAGGGUCAAGAAUAUGUUGUUAAAGUCAAAUUGUGUACUGGAAGCCUUUGGAAAUGCAAAAACCAACCGUAAUGACAAUUCCAGUCGAUUCGGAAAGUACAUGGACAUUAAUUUUGACUUUAAAGGUGACCCAAUAGGGGGCCACAUCAAUAACUAUCUCUUGGAAAAAUCUCGUGUUAUAGUGCAACAGCGAGGAGAACGAAACUUCCACUCUUUUUACCAGUUAUUGUUGGGUGGUCCUGAGAAACUGCUACGAACUUUGCACAUUCAGAAAGAUCCAACCGCCUACAACUUCAUCAAGGGUGGAGGAGUAGUGAAGUCUGCUAUAAACGAUGCUGCAGAAUUUAAAGCUGUCGCAGAUGCCAUGAAAGUGAUUGGUUUCACUGCUGAAGAAAUUCAGACGGUCUAUAAAAUUCUGGCCACUAUUCUGCACCUGGGAAACUUGAAGUUUGCAAUGGAUGGUGACUCGGUUUUCAUUGAAAACAGUAAAUUGGUGUCCGUGAUUGCAGAGCUGCUUUCGACAAAAAGUGACUUCGUGGAGAAGGCCUUGUUGUAUCGGACUGUAGCUACAGGCCGGGAUGUGAUUGACAAACAACACACAGACCAGGAGGCAAGCUAUGGAAGGGAUGCAUUUGCCAAGGCAAUAUAUGAUCGGCUUUUCUGCUGGAUUGUCAACCGAAUUAAUGACAUUAUUGAAGUUAAGAAUUAUGAUGCCAAAAUCCAUGGGAAGAACACAGUUAUUGGUGUCUUGGACAUCUAUGGCUUUGAGAUCUUUGACAACAACAGUUUGGAACAGUUUUGUAUUAACUACUGCAAUGAGAAACUGCAACAGCUCUUCAUUCAGCUCGUCCUGAAGCAGGAACAGGAAGAGUAUCAGCGUGAAGGUAUCCCCUGGAGACAUAUUGACUACUUUAACAAUCAGAUCAUUGUGGAUUUGGUGGAGCAGCAGCACAAGGGUAUCAUUUCAAUUCUGGACGAUGCCUGUGUAAAUGUUGGGAAAGUCACUGAUAAGAUGUUCUUGGAUGCUUUGAACACCAAACUACAAAAACAUGCACAUUAUUCCAGCCGGAAGCUUUGUGCAACUGAUAAAACACUGGACUUUGAUCGAGAUUUUCGCAUUAAGCACUAUGCUGGGCAUGUUGUAUAUUCCGUAAUUGGCUUCAUUGACAAGAACAAGGAUACUUUAUUCCAGGACUUCAAACGGCUAAUGUACAACAGCUCAAAUCCUGUGCUGAAGAAUAUGUGGCCGGAGGGGAAGCUCAGCAUCACAGAAGUGACUAAACGGCCUUUGACUGCUGCCACUUUGUUCAAAUCCUCCAUGAUUGCAUUGGUAGAAAACUUGGCAUCAAAAGAGCCCUAUUAUGUCCGUUGUAUCAAGCCCAAUGAGCAGAAAUCUCCACUGCUGUUUGAUGAUCAGCGCUGUCAGCACCAAGUUGAAUAUUUAGGUUUAAUGGAGAAUGUUCGUGUCCGAAGGGCAGGGUUUGCUUAUCGACAGUCCUACGAUCGGUUUCUUCAGAGGUAUAAGAUGAUUUCAGAGUUCACAUGGCCAAAUCAUGACAUGCGAUCUGAUCAAGAGGCUGUGAAGAAGCUAGUAGAGUGCUGCGGGUUUCAGCAUGAUGUGGCUUAUGGGAAGACUAAGCUCUUCAUUCGGACUCCAAGAACAUUGUUCACUCUGGAGGAUCGGCGGACACAGAUGAUUGAAAGGAUCGUCCUUUUCCUGCAGAAGGUCUGGAGGGGUACCAUAGCUCGAAUUCAUUACAAACGCACAAGAGCUGCUUACAUUAUUAUAAAACACUACAGAAAGUACAAAGUGAAGUCCUAUAUCUGGGAGGUGGGCAGACGUUUCCAGAACGUUGGAAGCAUGAAGGAUUAUGGGAAACACGUGAAAUGGCCGACUCCACCCAAGGUCCUGCGAAAAUUUGAGGACACUUUGCAAUCUGUUUAUCAAAGGUGGAGAGCAUAUCAGCUGAUUAAGAGUAUCCCACCUGCUGACUUGCUGCAGGUCAGAGCAAAGGUUGCAGCUGUGGAGAACCUGAAGGGUCAGCGGGGUGACCUGGGCCUGCAGAGAAGCUGGGAGGGCAAUUACCUGGCAACUAAACGGGAUAACCCACAGAUGACACCUGCCUUCUCUGCAAGAGCCAAUGAGCUGAAGCGAAAAGACAAAUACAUGAACACACUCUUUUCCAGUCAUGUACGGAAGAUAAAUCGAUUUAAUAAAUCUGAGGACCGUGCCAUUUUCAUCACUGACCGGCAUCUGUACAAGUUGGAUCCUCUGAAGCAGUAUCAAGUGAUGAAGACUAUUCCUUUGUAUAAUGUUACUGGAGUGAGCGUAUCAACAGGAAAGGAUCAGCUUGUUGUGUUCCACACCAAGGAUAAUAAAGACCUCAUUGUGUGCCUUGAUAAAAUGCAGCCAGCCAAUGAGAACCGCAUCGGCGAGCUUGUGGGUGUUGUGGCCAAUCAUUUCAGAAGUGAGAAGAGGCACUUCCAAGUGAAGGUGUGUGACCCCAUUCAAUGCUCCAUGCAUGGGAAGAAGUGUACCAUCGCCGUGGAGACCAAGAUCAACCAGUCACAGCCUGACUUCACCAAGACACGCUCAGGAUAUGUUCUCUCAUGGCCUGGGAACUAGAACUGCCUCCGCCUUUCUGAGUUUCAUCUCAUCCAAAGCCAGAAUGCCAUUUAAACACCAUUAAUUCAUAGGCUAGCACCAUUAAUGCUGGAGGCAAUGAAAGGACCAGGCCAGGUUGAUGUAACUCUCAUAGUGCAAAAUUAAUGCCCUCCAGUAGUCUCACCUCUUCUGUCUGACCUGCAUUAAGCUCCAUGCUGUGUUUAAUUUUCGUUGCCACGUUCUUUGACCUGUACUCGCUAAAAUUGGCUUUGUCUCUUUUUUUUCACCUCUUAGCUGGUUUCUGCAUUUCUUUAAAAAUGACAAUCAUGCACAGCAGGCUUUAGACUAUAGCUUAUUAGGGUUAAGGACUUUUGCACUCUAUUUAUUGCUUUUAUUAAAGUAAACCUUAUUUUAAUAAUAGAAAGAUAUGGAGCAAGAUUCUACAAUAUAAAAAUGAUAAAUGAGUUUACGGAUUUAGAAUAUCUAUUUCAUUAUUAGAGUACCAGAAUUUGUGGUGCUAAUCUGGUUUUCGAGUGCCUGUUUAUUAAUUUACUGGAGUCAAAUUUCUGCUAACUUUACUGAGUUUGGAAUAUUUUGUUAGACUGAGACAAUUGUCUGAAAAUGGAUUCAAACAGUUCAUUCUCUAAUUCUCAUCCUGUGUGAUUGACACGAUAUGGUCACCAUAUGAAAAUCAGACCAUAUUGCAGUUUCUUAUAAAAAAGUGAAGUCACCUUGUCUAGUAUCUCUAAAGGAACAAAAAAAAUUAUCAUUUGCAAAGUAUUUUCUACUAUUGAAUCUAGUUUGCACAAGGUUUAUGUAAUGUCAGCCACGAAUCAAAUUUUAAACCACUCUCGACUUUUCUUUUCACACCUCCCACUCACCUCCACCUCUCCCCGUAUGCACAUGUACUUUCAAACUUGGAUCAAUCAGAUCAGAAGUUGUGCUGGGGGACCUCAUCAACACCUUGUGGUAGCAUUAUUACAACCUGUAUGAUCACAGCUUAAUAUUUGAUUGUACAGCACAACACAAGGUUUGUCGUUAGAUUAUCUGAAUCUUAUUUGAGAGUCUUUUAUGAGGGUGCCACAUUUUUUUCUCCCCCUUAAUCUAAUUCCCCCACCUCUGCAUCUCUAGACCAGCACCUCAAGUAGCUCAGUGAGUAUGAAUGUAAGCCAGUCUACAAGAUCAGUGUCACCUGUAGCUGGCUACUAGGUGGAACCAAGGACUGCCCAUCUGAGAUUAAAAGUCUACCCAGUAUGUCCCCUCUUUUUUGUACCUGCGCCCAUUGCCCCUCCACAAACUGGGAGUCUCAGUUAAUCAAUUAAUACAGUAUCUCCCUACUCGAUGAGAAGGCAAACGGAGCACAGAAAGCUGCAUUCGCUCAAUGGCACUGAGUGGCAGACGCUUAUGUAGUGCUAUUUCAGUACAAACAUUGUGCUUGCUUUAUGCGAAAGGUCUCUGUUUCUCAGUACUGUAUUUCCAUUGCUAUCGACCAAGGAUAAGUCAAGAUAGAUCUAGAUAGGAAUCAGUCAGUUGUUUAUUUACAUAUAUUAUAUAAAGGGGUAUUCAAAAUUGAAGGAGGUAGGUUCUCAAUACUGCAGAAUGGUUUAGUGAUUUCUGUGAAGUGAUUAAUUUUCUAUGAAAUUCUAACCGGGUUCACAGUGAAAUAACAAUGAUUAUUUUCCUUUUGCACUGUUUGCCAAUUGUGCGAUAUUGUCUACAUAACGACAGGUGAGUACCAAUCAAAUCAAAUUUCUGCAGAGCUCCCCAAUCUCUGAUUGAACAAUUGGCAGAAACCUCCAGAAAUGUACAUGCAUAACUGUUUACCAAAGGUUUUCCUCUGAAGUUACAAGAGGAGAUCAAUCGUUUAUGUGGGAUUUCUCUAUAAUAUGGAAAAUUCUUGAAGUGACAGGUGAAAAUAAUCCACAGAGCAAGCUGGUUAGCAUCUGAAAGUGAUAAAUAAGCUAACAUUCCACAAAAAGAGUUCUGAUUAAGGAUCGCCACUGAGGAAUGAACCUAUCUGUACUUACAUCAGGUGUUGAUUGCAUUUCCAUUAGAAGAGUUAGAUCUACAAUUUUGGCAGAAGUUCCUGUAGUGUGAGCAUUGUUUAUGGUAGUAAUUUUCCCCCUGGUCCGAAGAUCACAGAUUCAAAUCCAACUCCAAGGCGUGAGUACAGAUGACCUGAGGAGUGCUGCACUGUCAGCGAUGUCACAUUUCAGAUGAUAUAUUAAACUGAGGCCCUUUUUGCCCUCUUAGUUGAACACAAAAUGUCUGAAGCAAUAUAUGGAGAUUUGCCUGUGUUCUGGCAAAUAGCAUUUCCUCAGGUGGUCAUUGCUGUAAGACCUUGCUGUAUGCAUGCGGCUCUAAGAUUGUUUAAAAGUCAGCACACUUUAGGACUGACCAGGAUGUGAAAUGUAAGUUCAUUCAUUCUUCCUAUGGUACUGUAGUCCAAAUAACACUGUUCUUUAGCAAUGAUGUCAGAACCAUGGAAACAGUGCAUAGGGGCAGGUCUGUCUUAACUCUUUAUUUUAAAGAAAUGAUAAAUACGAUUUCUAUUGAAAUACUCUUCUUUGCAUUUUAAACCACUUCCCUUUUGCACGCCAACAUUAUCUACGUUCCUUGAUGAGAUCAUUUUCCUGUCAUUACUAUUUUCCUCUAUAUUAUGCAAAUUAUUGUGAAGCUGAGCAAACUGAAGUUCUAACUACCCAUUCAUUACUGCUUGACUCUUUGUCCAAUCUCCAUAUGUGGAUGCAAUCAAAUCCUCGUCCAAUCUGCAAACCUAUCUAAUCCGGUCUGUGACUGGGGCCAUCUUGGCAUUGCAUGUCCUAAAUUAUAAUUUUUUAAUUAUAUUAAAGCUUUACUGUUCUUCAGUUGGCAUGGUUAUAUAUACUCAUUAAGAAAAUGCCAUUUCUUUUAGCAAAAACUUAAAUUUGCUUAAAUGUGCUAAAAGGCUUUUAUUAUAAGAAAAUCAUUUGCAAGAAUUAAAUAUAUAGACCAAAAACCCAAAUGUUGGUAUACAGGUACAGGUACCGUAUUACCAACACAGGAUAUAAAUAGGCUACGUUUGAUAUAUGAUGUUCUGUAUCAUUAGAGAGCUAUUUUACUUGGCUUGUGAAGAAAAUCACAGAAGACUAAAUUCCAUCAAUAGCCUUUCUUUUUAAUGUACCAUUUUGAAAAUGUCAGGCCAUUUGGUGGGGAAGAGAUAAUGGAUUUUAUUUUCUGUCAUAUGCAAGUUUAUCAGCACACAAUGCUACUAAUUAAUACUCAGCUGUAUUCCAAAGAAUGAAGUAAUAACGAAAAGUAUACACAUACUACUGCUUAAGUCAUACAAUAAACCUUGAUCAUUAUUUAUUUAGCUCGCACUAAAACACUUCAUGCAUCUUCAGUAAUUUGCUGUGUUGUGCUAAAUGGUCAUGCUUUUUCCAUCCUGGGGAGGAUUUUUAUUUGGCUUUCAAUGCUCAUGGCUGAUGGGAUAUUGUGUUUUUCUGCUCAGGUCUUUUCUAUUGACUGCCUCAAUUUGAUAAAGUUUCUCUUUGGUCACAUUUGACAAUAAAUUAAAGGUUAGUGUUUUGAGUAAAGGGGUACUAGUUUCAUCUCUGCAACCUGAAAUCAGGUUUCUAAGCCUGCACAUAAUUUGUUCACUUCGCUUUGAGGCUGUAAGGGUAAUUGGCAUGGUCAAUGCAGGAAUUGAGGCAGUGAUAGAGAAGUUGAAGCUACACCUGUUAUGGUGAGGUAGAAAGUGCACAGAAUUAUCCCAGUUUGUAGUUUGCUGUCAAUCCCUGCCACAGUCAAGUGCACACAGAUCAGCUUUGGUGAUAUGCAAACAGUUGGUCUUGCACUGUAGCCCCUGAUUUUCCUUAUUCAGGAAGAAGGAAGCAAAAGGAUGAUGAAAGAACAUCAGAAAUGCAAUUAAAGAGCCAGCAACACAACACUGCUCAUCAAUGCCUAAAUACUCUGGAAUUCAGAUCAUUAGAACUCAUACAGCUGGGAUCUGUAGCUAUUGACUCUGCCUUAGAUAUUGCCAAUUGUAAUAAAAUGAUGUAUUCAAUCAGGAAUGUAUUAUGUACUAUGUAUAAAUCAACUUUGUUUAGAAACUUGAUAUACAGAAUUCAAAUUAACCAUGCAAUAAAAUAUUAGGAUCAGGAGCAUAACUUUUUUUGUAUACAAACAUUCUUUAUUCCUCUGUUCAUUUGCUUUAAUCAAAGAUUAUAGUGCAAUUUUUUUUAUAAUUUGUAAUUUAGUUGUAUUUCUGAUCUAUUUUGUCCAGUUAUCAACUUGACAGGAUAGGCAAUGAAUUUAUUUUCGUAAUUACUUGAUAUUUCCAGACUAAAAGAAAAGUUAGUGCUUUCGUCAAUUA